AUGUACAGAGCUUCCUUUUGGGUGCCGGCGCCGCGUUCGCUCUUGUUCUUGUCUACUACGUACAGAGCCAAGCUAUCCAUCUCGAUGGUCCCAAGGACAACCACGCAUCAAGAUCUUCCGCCGCCUUCACAGCCCUCCAAGUACGCGUCAAAGGAAGAGAUCCAACAGGCCAUCGCAGAGCUGCGAGUCGUCCUUCCCGCUGAGGGUGCCGUGUCCACCGACCCAGAUGUCUUGCAGACAUAUGGCCACUCUGACAACUCUUAUCAUCCCACUUCGCCACACUCGGUCGUGGUCCGUCCUAUGAGCACGGAAGACGUCGUCAAGAUUGUCAACAUUGCACGAAAGUACCGGAUGCCGAUUGUGCCGUACGGCGGAGCUACCAGUUUGGAGGGGAAUUUCGCGGGGAUCGAGACCGGGGAUAUCUGCAUAGACAUGUCAGGAAUGGACAAGAUUCUAGAAAUACACGAGGCCGACAGCGACCUGGUGUGUCAAGCGGGUGUGCAGUGGGAGAUCGUGAACGAGACCCUGAAAGACAAGGGCAUUGCAUUGUUUUUCCCAGUUGAUCCAGGUCCGGGAGCAACGAUCGGUGGCAUGAUCGGCACGGGGUGCUCGGGCACGAACGCUGUCCGAUAUGGAACAGCGAAGGGCGAGUGGUUCCUCAAUCUCACCGCGGUAUUGCCCAAUGGCGAAGUCAUCAAAACGCGUCGGAGGGCGCACAAGUCGGCAGCUGGUUUUGACCUGACAAAGCUAUUCAUCGGCGCCGAAGGCACACUGGGCGUCGUCACCGAGGCCACCUUACGCUUGGCACCUCUGCUGCCGACCAAGGUCGCCAUGGCGCAGUUCCCUGACGUCGAACAUGCUGUCAGCGCUGUACAAGAAAUACUGAAUAGUGCUAAUGGACCGCACAUCCAAUGCAUCGAACUACUCGACGACAACAUGAUGGCCGCAAUUAACUCCGCCGGCGAGGUCUCCCGAAAGCUCCCCGUCAGCGACACGCUCUUCUUCAAGAUCCAGGGCGACAAGGAGGGGAUCAGCGUCGCCGCCGCCGCCGUGCAGCAGACCGUGCGCAGGCACGGGAGCACGCGCUUCGAGUUUGCGCAGACGGACGAGGAGGCCACCGAGCUCUGGGAGAGCCGCAAGUACGCGCUCAUCAGCACGAUCGGGAGCGUGCCGGGCUCGCGCUGCUGGACGACGGACGUGUGCGUGCCGCCGUCGCGGUUGCCGCAGCUCGUUUAUGAGACGAAGAAGGAUUUGGCGGAGCACAAGCUCAAGUCGACUAUUGUCGGCCACGUCGGUGAUGGCAACUUCCAUGCGUUGAUUCUGUUCAUGGACGAUAAGGAGCUCCAGAAGGUGAGCGAAGCCGUGCACCGGUUGGUCCACCGCGCGAUUCGGCUGGACGGAAGCUGUACCGGUGAACAUGGUGUCGGCGUCGGUAAGAAGGAGUAUUUGGUGGCUGAGCUUGGAGAGAAUACCGUUGAGUUGAUGAAGACGAUCAAGCGGGCCAUCGACCCGCUGAACAUCAUGAACCCAAGCAAGCUGUACCCCGACCCAGUGGACGAGAAGCACAAGUAG